GAUAUAAAGACUGACUUUAAUGCUCUUGACGAAAAAGUAUCUUCGAAAUCGAAAUUAACAGAACAAGCACAAAAUCAUUCAAAUAAUAGUUGUGAGUUGACUGGAGAAUGUACUUGUAAACUCGUUGGAGAAUGCGAGCCUUGUAAUGAAAUAGAAUCGAAAGCUGAGUCUUAUUGUAAACCAUAUGGAAAAAAAGAAGAAAUUAAAUGCGAAUGGAAUAGCACAUCAAAACCUGAUAAUUUACCUAAAUAUCGAUCAUGUCGACGAGUCAAAAGGCUUGAAAGAGUAAAAUACUUUGAAUUCCAGUUUGUUAAUGUAUUCAUUGCAUGUAUGUCUUGUGCUAUUCUGUUUUAUCGAAGGCAAAAACUCACUGCAGAUGGUUAUAGAAGGUUAGCCAGGCGUAUAGGUG